AUGCUUUAUAUUGACCAGCCAAACCAGGUCGGCUUCAGUUAUGAUGUUCCGACCAACGGUACUUUUGAUCAAGUUCAAGGUGCUUGGAACUUGUCGGAUUGGGUCGGGGUGCCCAAGCAGAAUAACACAUUCUACGUUGGCACGACAGCUAGCCAAGACAAGUCAACGGUAGCUAAUAGUACUGAGAACUCCGCGCGGUCACUAUGGCACUUUGCUCAGACCUGGUUCACUGAGUUUCCACACUACAAACCCCAUGAUGAGCGGGUUAGCAUCUGGACUGAGUCAUACGGCGGCCGCUACGGCCCAUCCUUCACUGCCUUCUUCCAGGAACAAAACGAAAAGAUCAAAAAUGGCAGCAUCAAUACCCCGGGGGAAUCACACUACGUCCACCUGGAUACCCUGGGUAUCAUCAACGGAUGCAUCGAUCUCCUAGUGCAGGAACCGACAUAUCCAGUGAUGGCAUACAAUAAUACCUACGACAUUCAAGCCAUCAACAAGACCGUAUAUGAUCACGCUAUGGAUGCGUGGAGUCGUCCGGGCGGAUGCAAAGACCUCAUCACGCAUUGUCGCGCGCUGGCCGCAGAGGGCGAUCCGCAAAUGCACGGCAACAAUGAUACCGUCAACCAAGCGUGCCACAACGCCGACAGGUUCUGUAGCAACAACGUUGAAGGUGCCUACCUAGAAUUUUCAGACCGCGGCUACUACGACAUCACCCACAAGAACCCAGACCCUUUCCCGCCGUCCUACUACUUGGGUUGGCUGAACCAGCACUGGGUGCAAGGCGCACUGGGAGUCCCUGUCAACUUCACCCAAUCCAGCGAUGGUGCCUACAAUGCUUUCAAAUCUGUUGGAGACUAUCCGCGUUCUGACGUGCAUGGCUACCUUGAGGACCUGGCGUACGUGCUCGACUCCGGUAUCAAGGUCGCUCUCGUCUACGGUGACAGCGACUACGCUUGCAACUGGAUUGGGGGUGAAGACGCCAGCUUGUUGGUCAAUCAUGCUGGUGCUUCUGGUUUCCGGUCUGCUGGGUACACGCCUCUGCGCACAAACGCCUCAUAUAUUGGCGGACAGGUCCGGCAGCAUGGCAACUUUUCUUUCACUCGUGUCUACGAUGCUGGUCAUGAAGUCCCAGCUUAUCAGCCUCAGACUGCAUAUGAGAUCUUCUACCGUGCGCUCUUCAACCGCGAUCUAGCUACAGGCAAGAUCAAUACUGCACGGAAUGGCUCAUAUACCACGCAGGGGCCUGUGUCUACUUGGCACAUUAAGAACAAGGUCCCGGAGAGUCCGGAUCCCGUCUGCUACAUCCUUGCUCUGGAAUCGACAUGCACUAAAGAUCAGAUUGCAAGUGUGGUCAAUGGCACAGCUGUUAUUCGUGACUAUGUCGUUGUAGAGGAGAAGUUGGAGUAA